GGUAGGGUUCGAAGAACAAAGAUGUUUGAACUUGUAAAACGCUAAUAAAAACGGCAGCUCGAAUUAGCUAUACUCUACUACAGUCUACAGGAAAUCAAGUUUUCAGAGAAUUUGGAACAAUGGAAGCAGGAGAUGAUGGUGUCGAUAGAAUGGAGGAUUCCAAAGAUAUGCAACAGCAGAGUAAAGCUUUCGAUAAGCUCACUGACCGCGUCGAAGAUCGCCAGCUUGAUUCUUCUCGUGUUCAAACAGCUAUGGCUUCUAUCGCUGCUGCUGCUGAAGCUGAUGCACAUGCUAUGCGAAUGAGGGAAAAAGAAUUGGCUGCUGUAAAGAUCAAUGCAGCUGAUAUUGAUAUAAUUGCAAAUGAACUCGAGUUGGACAAGAAGGUGGCAGAGAGAACUUUGAGAGAACACAAAGGUGAUGCAGUGGCAGCUAUACGAUCCCUGAUCCAUUAGAACAAGUUCGCUGGAAAUCCGACAGAUUUAUGUUUAAAAUAACAGUUCUUGUUCUUCCAAUAUUUGCUAUUUUUGUUGUACCUUGUUUCAUAUGCAACAUUCUGUUGAUCUGUGAGGGCUGAUAAGUGAAAGUCAUUACUUGCUUCAGCAACAGUGCUUACUUCAACACGUUUACGUAUAAAACAUUUAUUUUAGCCAAGUUUUUCUCUCAAAAUUUGAAUUUAUUACGCUCGA